AUGGAACUAUUCUUAGAGACAAAUACCCAGAACUAUAUCAAAUAUCAUCUCAAAAACUUCAGACAGUGGCAAGCAUGGGGAUUUUUGGAGAAACUAGCUGGGAGUGGAAAUUCUCUUGGAGAAUAUAUCUUUUUUGACAAUGAAUUGGGGGGAGCCUCAGCUUUUAUUGACCAGACUGCAGCAAUAAGUACCAAUGCAGCCUUGAUGGAUUCUUGGGUGUGGGGAGCUGAACCAACGGGGAUCUUUUCUACAAAUUAUGCUUAUAAUUGUAUCAGACCUGAUCAACUAUUCUAUCAGCCAAAUAGUGGCUUCAGACAGCUAUGGGAAAUCAAAAUCCCCCCCACAGCUUUAUCCUUUUCUUGGAGAUUACUCUGGGAUAGGCUUCCUUCUAAGGAAAACCUAAUCAGGAGGCAGAUUGUCCUUCAAAAUGACCUUUGCCCCUUCUGCCAAAGCCAAGUCGAAUCUGCUUCCCACCUAUUUUUCACUUGUCAUAAAGUUAUGCUUUUGUGGUGGGAAUUCAACUCAUGGGUGAAUGAAGAUAGAGUUCUACACAAUAAGCCUAUGGAUAACUUUCUUCAGCACUGCUCAUUGGCUGGCUUGAGGAAUUCCAACAGAAGGAGGAAGAUAUGGUGGAUAGCAACUACAAGAUCCAUAUGGAAUCUCAGAAAUGACAUGAUUUUUAAUAAUCAGCCUUUUGACAUCUCUAAAUUGGUGGACAAAACAAUCUUUCUCACUUGGUCUUGGUUGAGGGGAUGGGAAAAGGAUUUCACUGUUCCUUUUCACCAAUGGUCCUCAAAUAUGUCUUUGUCUUUUAUCUAG